AUUUAUUAGAAAUAGCAAAUACCGCAUUGUCUCUACAUGUGUGGAUAUAUUCCAUAAAUUGUUUUGUACACCCACAUAAUAUUGAAAAAAAGUAGUUGAAAUUUUCUCAAGAUCUUAAACCAUGUCGAUCUCAACCUUUUUGGCUUCUCAGAUAAAUUUGCAUGAAACCCUAGCUCACAAAUCCCAUGCUACUGUUUCUUUCAAUCCUAUUUCUGGGUUUCAGAUCAACAAACACACACUAGCGCUAGCUCCUCUCACAACUACCAACAUCGCCACCACUAGAUGGGAUUCCAUCAUCGCUUAUGCCAACGUGGAACCCGCUGGAACACCAUCUCCACCACCUGGUUCUUGGAAGAAUUGGGCUAUUGGGAUUUUGAUGACAUUUAUCAUUCCCUUGGUUACCACCAAAGGAGGUCCAAUAAAAUUUCUUCUGCAGAAAGUUGACCAGAUAAUGGCGACGGCGGAGCAUAUAUCGGAUAUAGUGGAAUCGGUGGCGGAUAAGGUGGACAAAGUGGUGGAGGAGCUCCAAGAUGAUCUGCCGGAAGAUAGCCAACUCAAGAAGACUCUUGAUUUUAUCGAACAUGUGGCUGAAAGAGUUGAAAAAGAUGCUCACACCGCCGGAGAUUUCAUUGACAAGGUUCAAGAAAUGGAAGACAAGAUAGAGGAUAUAAUGGAACCUGUAUUAGAGGAAGCUAAGGAAGUUGAUAAAGAAGCCAAGGAAAAAGAAAAAGCACGAAAAAAAUGAAAUAUAUAAUUACGUAUAACUUGUAAAUCUCUUAUCACCGGUAUCUUUUUCAUGUCAAAUUUUUGUUUGGUAAUGAAAAAAAUUAAAUUCUAUAGCUUAAUCGAAUAAUGUAAAAUUUCAUUUCAAAUAAUACUAGACAUUUGUGCCCUUUUGUAGACUUGUGGU